AUGUCCAAAGAUACCCCCCAGCUCGUCAACCAGGGGCUCAACGCCCUCUCCCAGGUGAUAGAAAACGAUACCUACCUGCUGAUCGUCGACCUCAACUUACUUGAAAAUCUCAACACCAACCAGAGUCUCAAUUACAUCAAGCUUGAGAACAACUUGCUCCAGCUCCAGGAGCGAGGGCAGGCGUUGGAGGCAUUGAAUGGUCAGUUAAACCACUAUGAAGGGAUGUUGAGUCAGAUUGAAACCUCGGUAGCCCUGAUGGAGACGGUGAUUGCCGAGUUGGACACCCUCACCGCCGAGCUUAAAAAGGGUCCUUCCCCAGCGGGAUCCACCUAA